AUGUGGCCGAGUCAAGGGAAGGUGGAACUCGAUGUUCCGGAUGAAAUGAAGGCAUUUGUUCUGUUCCACGGAAUACCGUUUACAACUCCGUCGAUGAAUAUCCAUGUAACGGCACGAUGGGGAAGGCUGAUUCGAAUAGCUGCUAGUGUUGUAAGGUUCAUCAACAAUUGUCGGAGAAAAGCAUAUGAUCAUCCUAUUUUUGUGUCGAAGGCUAGUAGUUCACUAGAAGUAUUCGUGAAGAAAACUCCUAAAUGUAUUUUGCAGUCGCUGCGUCAAGAAGAACUUCGCGCGGGAGAAAUAAUUUUGUUGAAACAGGCUCAACGCGAUGGCUUUCCUGAGGAGGUACGCACGUUGGAAGAGCGGAGAGAUUCCAACUCAUGGGUGCUUGUUGAAAAAUCUAGCUGGUUGUAUCAGUUGCGUCCAAUCAUCGAUACUGAUGGAGUAGUUAGAAUGAGCGGCAGAUUGGCGUUGGCUGAAGAAAUUCCCUUCGACCAGAAAUUUCCGAUUAUUCUCCCUAGACGGCACGGUAUCACAGAGAUGAUCAUUCAGAGCUAUCACGAAAGGUUUGGUCAUGCAAAUCGGGAAACAGUUUUCAAUGAACUCCGUCAACGUUUCUACAUUCCAAAACUCCGAUCGGUAAUAGCAACAGUCGUGAAAGACUGCACCUGGUGCCGUGUCAAGCGGAGUCAACCAAAGAAUCCGUUGAUGGCACCACUCCCAGUACAACGAGUGACCCGACCAUUGCGGCCCUUUCGCUCGGUAGGAGUCGACUAUCUUGGUCCUAUAGAAGUCUCGGUCGGUCGAAGAAGAGGUGCACCCGACGAGUUCUUCUCAGACAACGGGACGAAUUUCAGGGGUGCUAGCAAGGAGAUGUCCAACACGGUGAAGAAAAUCAACGUGGAGUGUACGGAGAACGUUACCAGUCCGACAAUCAAGUGGCAUUUCAUUCCCCCUGGAACUCCACACAAGGGUGGAGCUUGGGAGAGAAUGGUACGAUCGGUGAAGGAAGCUAUGGAGGCGUUCAACGACGGCAAGAAGUUGACGGAUGAGAUUCUUUUGACCACGUUGAGCGAAGCGGAAGAUAUGAUUAAUACUCGUCCGUUGACAUAUUCUUCGCAAGAUUCGGAGCUCGAGGCAAUCACGCCCAAUCACUUUUUACGAUGCGUAGUCAAAGAGGCAGAUAGCACGGUCGAACACGUUGAUCUGGCGGAAUCGUUGCGAAACUUGCACAAACGGUCACAAUACUUGGCAGACAGGAUGUGGCAGAGGUGGUGCAAGGAGUACUUACCAGGAAUCAAUCGGCGGACAAAGUGGUACGAGGAUCAAAAGACUUUGAAAGUUGGUGAUAUGUAUUCGUAG